UAUAGGUAGAUGCAUGAAAUAAAAUGAUGAUGAGGAUGAAGUUGGUCCGUUGAGGCACAGCCUGUGUGUUUACUGUCGUUGGAAUAUCAUCAGAAAAAAAAAAAGGCACAUCUCGCCGGAAAAUUCCAAAACCAUAAAUCACUAUUUCAAAUCCCUUAAAUUCAACAAUUUUCAUUUAUAAAUUUCGUUUCCCUCUCUUCUUCUUCCACAAUCCAAAUCCCUAACCGCUUCGACUUGGUUCCGUUGCACGCGAUCUAGGUGCAAAAAUGGCAGCACCACCGAACAUGGAUCAGUUCGAAGCGUUUUUCAGAAGAGCAGAUUUAGAUGGAGAUGGUAGAAUCAGUGGUCCUGAGGCUGUCAAUUUCUUUCAAGGAUCCAACUUGCCUCAAAACGUUCUUGCUCAGGUAUGGAUGCAUGCUGAUCAGGCCAAAACUGGUUUCCUUGGGAGGAAUGAUUUUUAUAAUGCUUUGAAAUUAGUAACUGUUGCACAGAGUAAGCGAGAUUUAACUCCGGAUAUUGUGAAGGCAGCGUUAUUCGGUCCUGCUGCUUCUAAAAUCCCUGCACCGCAGAUAAACCUUGCUGCUAUACCUCCACAGCGUCCGAAUCCAGUGGCUUCCUCGUCGGUUGGGCAGAUUGGUGUGACUUCUGGACCAACAUCGAGUCAAGGUUAUGCUUAUAGAGGACAGGGGUUAGCAGGUUCUGUUGGGAACCAGCAAUAUCUUCCUUCUCAGCAGGGUGCUAACAUGAGACCGCCUCAAUCACAGGGGUUCGCAGGUUCUGUUGCGAACCAGCAAUAUCUACCUUCGCAGCAGAAUGUUAACAUGAGACCACCUCAAUCACAGGGGUUAUCAGGUCCUAUUUCAAACCAGCAAUUUCUACCUUUGCAGCAGAAUAUUAACACGAGACCGCCUCAAUCACAGGGGUUAGCAGGUCCUGUUGGGAACCAGCAGUUUCUACCUUCGCAGCAGAGUCCUACUAUGAGACCACCUCAAUCACAGGGAUUUUCAGGUUUUGUUGCAAAUCCACAAUAUCUUCCUUCCCAGCAGAAUCCAAACAUGAGACCAACUCAAUCCAUGCCAACUGUCAGUGCUCCUGGUCCACAACAAUUCAUGCCUGCUGGUAACACUCCUCGUCCACCUCAGUUGAUGCCCUCCGGUACAGCCCCUCGUCCGCAACAGGGUUUUGCAGGUCCCAAUCUCUCAAAUGCUAACAUCUCAAAUGAUUGGAAUGGUGGAAGGACUGGUAUGGCUCCAGCUCAGCCUGCAGGAAUCACUCAAUCACCUGCCUUAUCAACACCAACAUCGCCGUCUCUGGUCUCGCCGGUCUCCCAGCCAACACCUGUUACCACUAAAGCAUUGACUGUGUCUGGAAAUGGGUACCCUUCCCGUCCAGUUUUGGGCGACGAUUUUUUCUCUACUGCUGCAUCCACACCAAAACAAGACCCUACUCGACAGAAUUAUUCUGUUAGCAGUGCACCUGCCUCAUCAUCCAUUGUUCCAGUUUCCAGUAGUGCCAACCCUGCAAGUAGGCAAAGUUCACUUGAUUCAUUGCAGAGUGCAUUCUCAAUGCCACUUACAAAUAGCCAGAUUCCGCGGACACAGUCUUUACCAAACACAAACCAGCAAAUUUCACCACCAGCUUCUUCUCCGCUUACCACAUCUGGGAGAUCGGUUGGACUUGGAAAUACUAGUUCCGACAAUUCACAGCCUCCGUGGCCAAAAAUGAAACCUUUUGAUGUGCAGAAGUAUAGGAAGGUUUUUAUGGAAGUUGACACCGACAGGGAUGGGAAAAUCACUGGGGAGGAGGCACGCACUCUUUUUAUAAGUUGGAGAUUACCAAUAGAUGUCUUAAAGAAGGUGUGGGACUUAUCUGAUCAAGAUAAUGAUAGCAUGCUUUCAUUGAGGGAGUUUUGCUAUGCUGUUUAUUUGAUGGAGCGGUAUAGGGAAGGUCGUCCUCCUCCACAGUCUCUUCCAAGUAGUGUUAUAUUUGACGAAACAUUGAUGUCUAUGACUGGGCAUCCGAAUAUUGCUUAUGGAAAUGCAGCAUGGAAUGUAGGCCCAGGUUUUCAGCAGCAACCAGGGAGGCCAGGUGCUCCGCCAGUGGCGCCAGCAGCUGGUCUGAGGCCACCAGUGCAAGGAACGCCUGCUCAGGUUGACAGCACUGUGCCGCCCGAUCAGAAAAAGUUUGGAACAUCUGCGUUGGACGAUUCCUUUUUGAACGACACAGAUAAUAGUGAGCAAAAUAUUGAGACUGCAGGGAAAAAGGCUGAAGAAACACAGAAUAUGAUAUUGGAUUCAAAAGAGAAGAUUGAGUUGUACCGCAACAAAAUGCAGGAAUUGGUCCUGUAUAAAAGCAGAUGUGAUAACCGCUUAAAUGAGAUUACAGAAAGGGCAUCUGCAGAUAAGCGUGAGGCAGAAUCAUUGAGCAAGAAAUAUGAAGAGAAAUACAAACAAGUUUCAGAAAUAGCAUCUAAAUUGACUGUAGAAGAAGCUAAAUUUCGUGAUAUACAGGAAAGGAAGGUGGAGUUGCAGCAAGCCAUUGUCAAAAUGGAACAAGGAGGCAGUGCAGAUGGUAUUCUUCAGGUUCGUGCUGAUCGCAUACAAUCAGAUCUUGAGCAGUUAUUUAGGGCUUUUGAUGAACGGUGCAAGAAACAUGGAAUGGAUGUGAAGUCGGUUGCAAUGGUUCCGCUUCCUGAAGGUUGGCAACCCGGUAAUCCAGAGGGGGCAGCUGUUUGGGAUGAAGAUUGGGAUAAAUUUGAAGAUGAAGGAUUUGCCAAUGAUCUCACUUUUGAUACGAAAAAUGCAUCUUCAGAGCCAAAACCUUCAUUCAUUCCCGGAGAACAAAAUUCUUUUGAUGAUAAUUCUGUUCAUGGUUCACCUGUGAAUGCAAAUGGUAGGCAAGAAAUUUUUACUAAUGGUGAUUAUACAGCCGAGGAGGAAUCUUAUGUACAAAGUGAAGAUGACUUGGCACGAAGCCCCCGUGAUAGCCCAUUUGGAAGGAAUGCAGUGGAGAGUCCUUCUAAGGAUUUUUCAACCGCUCACUUUGAUAAAGCUUCCGAAGCAGAUGCAGAAACACAUAGAAGUUUUGAUGAAUCAACCUGGGGUGCCUUUGACAAUAAUGAUGAUGUGGACUCGGUGUGGGGUUUUAACACCAAGGACUCUGACUUGGAUAAGCAGGGAGAUUUCUUUAAAUCGGGUGAUUUUGGUUUAAAUCCAGUUAGAACAGGAUCUACUGUUACAGAUGGUGCAUUCCAUACAAAAAGCCCUUUUGCUUUUGAUGAUUCAGUGCCUGGAACUCCAUUUUCCAAGUUUGGAAACUCUCCAAGGUACAGUGAGGCAGGGGAUCACUUCUUUGAAACGUCAAGGUUCGAUUCCUCCUUCAGCAUGCAUGAAAGUGGAAAUUCUCCGCAAGCAGAGAGAUUUACGAGAUUUGAUUCCAUUAGUAGCAGCAGAGAUUUUGGCAACAAUCAAGAGAAAUUUUCAAGGUUUGAUUCCAUUAGUAGCAGCAAGGAUUUUGGCUACAGUCACGAAAAGUUUUCAAGGUUUGAUUCCAUAAGCAGCAGCAAAGAUUUCGGUUACAAUCCUCCUGAUACGCUGACAAGGUUUGAUUCCAUGAGUAGCAGCAAAGAUUUUGGCUUCGGUGGUCAAGGACAUGCAAGGUUUGAUUCAAUUAGUAGCAGCAAGGACUUGGGCUACAGUGCUCCAUUCUCUUUUGAUGACUCUGAUCCAUUCGGUUCCUCUGGCCCAUUUAAGGUCACUUCAGAUAAUCAAUCUCCAAAGAAAGGCUCUGAUAAGUGGAGUGCGUUCUAGCCUGCAAUCCAAGUUUUCCUGGUUUUUUUCUUUGUUGUUUCCUUUUCCUUGAUUGUUCAUGAUUAGCCUAUUUUUUGUGUAUAGCUAGAAAAAAAAAAAUGUUAGACGGUAAUAUUGUAUGGCGUAUGUAUUAUUUUUCAAGAGAGCUUUCCCUAUAUUUUUUGGGAAGGGAUGAGUGUGUGUGUGUGGGGGGGGAUAAGAGAUAGGAUUAAAUGACAUGGUGUGAAUGUAAUACUAAGUUGAUUGACAAACACAUGCACAGGUUUUGUUUUUUUGUU